GAUUUUUCAAGUAGGAAAUCGUAAAACUCCGAUUUUUUUUUUCAGCUUUGCGUGUUCCGGUGUUCGAAACAAAGCAGACGGAAGUAUAAAAAUAGAGCAGAAAACUUGGCUUUGUUUUUUCAAAAAAACGGCAGGUGGAAAGGGCGGCGUCGAACACCUCUCCUCCCCCGCCUCCGCGAGUCCGCGUGCUUCGCCUGCGGCGAGACGCCUGAGAUCUCCGGCCGCCGCCGCACUCCGCACUCCGCAGCAGCAGCAGCGGAAGCUAGUGUGCUCUCUUCGGGUUCGCCGGCUGCGCGCCCUCAUGGCCGGCUCCACCGCGGUGCUGGCCGUCAUCCUGGUCGUCGACGUCGUCGCCUUCGGUCUCGCCAUCGGCGCCGAGCAGAGCCGUCCCACGGCGAGGGUGGAGACGGACGCGAGGCGGGAGUGGACCUACUGCGUGUACCGCCCCGACGCGGCCACGGGGCUGGGCGCCGCCGCGCUGGCGCUGCUGCUCGUCGGCCAGGCGGUGGCCGCCGUCUCCAGCCGCUGCUUCUGCUGCGGCGCCGCGCUCCGGCCCGGCGGCGCGCGCGCCUGCGCCCUCAUCCUCUUCCUCUCCUCCUGGUUGACAUUCCUCAUCGCGGAGUCGUGCUUGCUGGCUGGGCUGGUGCAGUCUGCCUACCACACCCGCUACCGCACGGUCAUCUUCGAGAACCCGCCGGACUGCGAGAUGGUGCGGCGGGGCACGUUCGGCGCCGGCGCCGCCUUCUCCCUGAUCACCUGCGUGCUCACCGGAGCCUACUACUACUACUUCUCCAAGGCGCGGGUCUCCUUCCACCGCCGUGAAGCCACCAUUGGCAUGAACCCAUUCAGCUGAACACCUGAGCCAGUGAGCCAUCACCUCACUCGGAUCUAGUCUCUGCUAGUCUGUUAUUACAAUGAAUAUUCAGAGGGACAAAAUCACUGUGAAAUACUGCAACAGUUUUGGUAACUAUGUAAUGUAUUCUCUUAGGGGUUUUUUCUUUUGCACAUAUUUGUGUUUAGUCUCUUUGUGCAAAGGAUUUUGUCAGUUGUUUGCCUGUGGCUGCCUGCUGCCGGUGCUUCAUUUGUCGUUACCCAUUUGAAUUUUUUGAGC